CUUCUUUAUCCCAUUCCCAACACGCUCAGCGACAUCGUUGAUAGCGGAAGGGACUGAACACAACCCGGAAAAACAACAAAGGAUUCAUCGAGACUGAACAAGCAAGAAAAAGCUAGUAUGUUUCUUUCUUGAAAAACAUGUAUUAACUUAAGAAGCACCACGACACAAAAGUAAAUACUACUCCUUGGUACAUUUGUGUCUGACAUACCGAAGACAGGAUGAAAUAGCUGCGACUGGAGAGCUUGUAUGAAACUAUGGGUCGGAGGAAGGGAGAGGGGCAGAAGGGACCAAUCCCUGACAGUUUCUUGGAUUUUGCUGCUAUGAAUCUGAAGGAAGUGCCUCGGAAGCAGAAUGUAUGCAUGGUGUCUGAUUUCUUUUAUCCCAAUAUGGGAGGAGUUGAAAGCCACAUUUACCAGCUAUCCCAGUGUUUGAUUGAAAGAGGACACAAGGUGAUUAUUGUAACCCAUGCUUAUGGAAACAGAAAGGGUAUUAGAUACCUCACUAAUGGGCUAAAAGUGUACUACCUACCUCUGAAGGUCAUGUACAACCAGUCCACAUCCACAACAGUCUUCCACAGCCUACCUCUGCUUAGGUAUAUCUUUGUGCGGGAGCGGAUCACAAUAGUUCAUUCCCACAGUUCCUUUUCAUCCAUGGCACACGACUCCCUGUUUCAUGCCAAGACGAUGGGACUGCACACAGUUUUCACUGACCAUUCGCUUUUCGGGUUUGCUGAUGUGAGUUCUGUGCUGACCAACAAACUGCUGACUGUCUCUCUCUGCGACACCAAUCACAUUAUCUGUGUGUCCUUCACUAGCAAAGAAAACACUGUACUCAGAGGUGCAGUGAACCCGGAGAUAGUCUCUGUGAUUCCCAAUGCUGUUGAUCCUACUGACUUCACUCCAAACCCAUCCAAGAGGGACGAAAAUAAAAUAACCAUUGUGGUUGUUAGCCGACUUGUUUACAGAAAAGGAAUAGAUUUACUUGGUGGCAUAAUUCCUGAGCUUUGUCAGAAAUACCCUGACUUGCAAUUUCUUAUUGGUGGUGAGGGACCCAAAAGACUUGUGCUUGAGGAGGUCAGAGAAAAAUACCAGCUUCAUGACAGGGUACGUCUUUUAGGAGCCUUGGAACACAAAGAUGUUAGAAAUGUUUUAGUUCAGGGUCAUAUUUUCCUCAAUACAUCUCUAACAGAAGCAUUCUGCAUGGCCAUAGUAGAGGGUGCAAGUUGUGGGCUUCAGGUUGUUAGCACACGUGUCGGGGGCAUCCCAGAGGUGCUCCCUGAGGAUCUCAUUAUCCUUUGUGAGCCUACAGUGAAGUCUCUGUGUGAAGGACUGGAGAUGGUUAUAGCCAAACACAGGGCAGGGAGCCUGCCCCCACCUGCUGCCAUUCACAACAGAGUAAGAACCCUCUACACAUGGAGGAAUGUUGCAGAGAGGACAGAAAAGGUUUACGACAGAGUGGCUAAAGAAGUUGUCUUGCCUAUGGAUGCACGGCUUAACAGACUGAUGUCUCGCUGCGGGCCUGUUGCUGGCUGUAUUUUUUCACUUUUCGCUGUCUUGGACUUCCUGCUCUUGGUGUUUCUGAGAUGGCUUGUCCCCGAUUCCAAUAUUGACAUUGCAGUGGAUGCUACAGGAGUUCGAGGAGCUUGGAGACGGAUGUCCACUCCUCCUAACACAUGCACAAACACAGGUUAUGAUUCAAACUACGAUGUAGCAAGAGACUUGAAUCACACUCAAUAAAUCAAUACUAUUGACUCGGUGGGUACCUAUGGGAAAUGAUUGCAUGCUUUCAUUCCAUUGAGUGAAAAGCUUUACAUCUGAUGUUGAACACACAUCUGAAAUGUAAUUUAUUAAAAUGACCUCUUCCCUGAUAGUUUACAAAACAUCUCCUAGUUUUUGUUUCUUCUCAGGUGGUAGAAUUUUAUGUGUGCCAAAUUACAUUUGAGUUAAUUAUGUGUGUUUUUUUUUUUCCUAAACAAGUAAGACUUAAAGGGCUAAACAUUAUAAAAAGCUGUCUAUUAUCGGAACUAUGAUUUUUUAAUGUAGAAAUAUGUGUGCUAAAGCAGGAUUAUAUUGUCUAAACUAGGUACAGUGCUCCCUCGCUAUAACGCAGGUCUCAAGGGACACACAAUAUGAGCUAUAACUGAAGAGCGUUAUGAACAGGGGAGGGGGUGGGGGGCGCCGCGGGACACAUAACACACAUCUGACUAAAUACAAAAUAAAAUAACUCCCUUUCAAAAAAAAAGGUAACAUUCCCAUUCGUGGAUCAUUUUAAUUAGUAGUUUUUAAACUAUAAAUAGCCUGGCUAAACGGCGGUCUGGAGUUCAGUUAGAAGCGACAGACAAGCAAACCAAGUGUGAGAAGGAGAGCGGGUCGGUAGAGGGGAAGAGGGAAUGGACUCGUCUCAGGUUCGGCUGCCGGAUCUCAUCUCCUGGGAAAGCCGUAGCCCCUCUCGCAGCAAAAAAGUAAAUGCAUUAGGAAAGAUAACCAUGUAAUAGGCCUAAUAUUCAUUUAGUUAUAAAACGAAUGCUGAAUAAGAUGUCUGUGUUAUUAAGUGCCAGCGCAGCUUUUUUUCAGUUCAGAUACUGUAUCAAAAGGGCGAGACAUAAACAGAAGUUUGUUUACAGUUUGAACAACACUGGCACUGUAUUUACUGUAGAAAUAUUGCAUGAAUCACUAGUAUAGGGAAUUGGGGGACAUGCUGUAGGUGCGUUAUAUCCGAGGCAUGUUAUAACUGAGAGCCUUAUAGCGAGAGAGCACUGUAUAUACAUAUUUAAAGUGAUUGUAGUUAAAAAUAUAUAUAUAUAAUAUUGUGCAUUUACAUUUGCUAUAUAGUUGCUAUAUUCACUCAAAUGUUCAGUUUAGAAAGAAACGUAUUUUUAUUUUUAAACAUGAUGCAGGGAUCUGCGACUACACUAGAUUAAAAUAAAAUCUCAGUUCUCUUGCUUUAUUUUUAUUACAUUAUAUCCUUUUUAUUUUUUUAAGGCAUUUCACCUCUGAAGCAUCUUUGGGGUCUAAGCAUGUCAGUCAAUUGGGGAAGCAACAUUAGGGCAUUUAGAACUUUUACUGCGAAUGUCUGACAUGUAUGAUUUUUUAUAGAAUUAUUUUGUUAGCUACCAGCAAUUUAAGUGGGCAAGUGAGUGUUAACAUUGGCAGAUGACCAGGUCGCUCAGGUGGGCAUUACUAAUGGAAUAUGCCCACUAAUCGGGUAUUUUUUUCAAUUCAACUUUUUUCCAUCUUACCUUUUUUGAAAAGUUGCAGAUUAGCUGCGGUUGAGUUAUGAGAGGGACAGAGCAGCCGCACAAUGAGAUCUAGAGGGUUUAUUACACGAUAAAUGUGGUGCUGGGCAUGUGUGGCAGUGCUAAACACAGCUCUUUGACUGAUAAAGUAAACUGGUUUUAGAAUGGAAGACUGAUGAAACACAGUAAUGUUGAAACUUUGGAAGCUUGCUUGACAGGUACUACUUGUAUAAAGUAUUAUCUAGCAGUUCAAAUAGGGCUUUAUUAUAUAUUAUAUAUUGUAACAAUAAUUUAGGACCUUUGUUUUUUCAACAAAAAAUCACACUUUGGUUAUGACACAAAAUGCCACAAAUACAGGCAGUGAAUAGAUAUAUUUAUUUACUUGUUGCAGCAUGGUAGACUUGUGUGGCACUUAGUUACACAGGACUCCUGAAGCCUUACGAUGCGUGAAAGCAAGACAUUCGGUCAUUAGCCAAAGGCACUUGUCCAAAGUAAAGCGCUGUUAUGUUUAUUUUGUAAAGACAUUCGGUCAUUAGCCAAAAUCACUUGGUGGUUCUUGAGAUUUACAGUGCUCCCCCUUUAUAACGCUGUAGUCAGGAGCCAUAGUUGAGACAGUGCUAUUUGUGUUCCGCCUUAUAACGAGACUACUAGUGUUAGUGUAAUGGCAUUGUGGGGCAAAUGGGAGAUGACCGCACAGCCUUAUAACCUGUUCCCCAGUAUUAAGGGCCGCCUUAUAAAGGGAGAGCACUGUAUAUUUAAAAUAGUUAUGUAAACCUGUUGAUGUUUUUCUCUGGAACUCAAGACCAAUUUGGUCUUUUAAGUUGCUGUUUUUUUUUAUUGUUUUUAUUUUUAUUUCAACUGGAUAAAAACUCCAAACUCAGUAAAACAAACAAAUAACAGAAGGUCAGAUUUAAGCCCAUUGGAACGUAGAUGUUUCUAAUGACAGAGGCAUUAGACAGAAGUUUGAACUAUUUUGACUUUUGUCAUUAAACCAAGUAAAAAAUAAAUUGCAUCCUGCCACCAAAGAGCAACACUUCUACUGACUGGUGGCAAUGUGGAGGCUUUGUGGUCCAGUGGUUAAAGAAAAGGGCUUGUAACCAGGAGGUCCCCGGUUCAAAUCACACCUCAGCCACUGACUCAUUGUGUGGUCCUGAGCAAGUCAACCUCCUUGUGCUCUGUCUUUCGGUUGAGACGUAAUUGUAAGUGACUCUGCAGCUGAUGCAUAGUUCACACACCCUAGUCUCUGUAAGUUGCCUUGGAUAAAGGCGUCUGCUAAAUAAACAAAUAAUAAUAAUAAAUAUUUGCAAAAUACCAAUUCAUUUUUAUAAUUUCUAGGAGACUGAAAAAGAGACUUUUGCUCACUUACAAACCGGCAUGUACUGUAGCUGUUAGCUAAACUUGCUCAUCUUUCUCAUAUACAGGAAAUUCAGAUAUUGUCUGGGUGGGAACCGUGAAGUUUAAAAGACCCAAAUAAGGAAUUCAUAGAGUUAACCAUGCAUUGAUGCUUUGUCUAUGUUUUGGCACAAUAGUUUAUACACUGUGAAGUUAGCUACCAAAAUGUUAUACAAGAAAGUAGUGUUUUUGCUUCAGUAAAUGAAUAUUCACCGCUUACUUGUAUGCAAAAUAUAUGACCUGAUCAUUAAAAGCAAGUUUACGACUGGUUUCACAGACACCGAUUAACACUACUAGUCUUUGACUACCCAGUGUUACCGUAGGUAAGAUGCUUUAUGAUAAGUCAAGGUCUGUCAAACUAGACGUAUAUCUUUAUUAGAACCAAUUAUAAUUAUGAAAAUGAAUUGAGAGUAACAUUUGUGUACUGUAUAUACAGUACAUAUUGUACAUACACCUCAUAACUUGAACCAAUAACAUUUUAUUGACAUCUGGUUUAUAACAAAUUUGUUAUUUACUUAAGUUAUGCUACUGUCAUUUUAUAAUAUUUCCUACAACCAGUUAAGUUCUCAGAAUUAUUUUACAACUUAACCUUACUACUUAAAUAAUUUUGGAGAAGCAAGUGUAAACCUGCCAUUUUUUCAAUAUAAUUGUAGGAAAUGCCAAAUUAUACACUUAAAAAAUAAAGCUUGUUUGUUGUUUUUAGUUCUAGAUCUGCUUUAAAAAAACUUCAGUGUAAACCUAGAACAAAAUAAAGCAAAUCCAGCUGUCUGAGUAUGAGUAAUUGUACCAAAAAACAAAAAGGAAUUGUUUUUGGUUGUGCAGCUGUUUGUUUGAUGUUUUUAUUUUAUUUUUGAGGUAAUGUUUGAACGUUAUAUCUUUUCUGCUCCACAACCAUAGUAAUUGCAAGGAAAAUGUAAGAUUUUGUAUACUUGAAUAUAUGUUGAAUAAACAAACGAUAUUAUGUGACUCUAUAAAGGGAUCAGAUUCUCCUCAUGUAUUGAUUGAUGAAAGGCUUGUAUCGUAACGGUUUGUAAUAAAGUGAAAAACAGUUUGUAACCAAA